CCAUGACAACCUACUCCACCGACAGCCAGGGAAAAUUCAUUCCGGCCACCCAGCGACCGGACGGUACCUGGCGCAAGCCGCGCCGCGUGCGCGAUGGUUACGUACCGCAGGAAGAAGUGCCACUGUACGAAAGUAAAGGCAAACAGUUCGCCCAAAAGCCAGCCCUACCGCCCGGCCUGUCCCCGGAGGUGGUACAGAAGGCAAAGGAAAAGCGGGAACGUGAUCGGUUACGGCAGCUGCGCGAAGAGCAGCAGCGGAAGGAACAGCAGCAGAGCAAAAAGUUGCCACCCGGGGUGCUACCGAUCGAUGGGACUGGUGCCGUGGGUAAGAAUGUGAACGCUGCCUUACGCAGCAAAAAGACACCGGAACUGCCGGACAUACUGUUGGAACAGCAACGACCAGCAGUCAAAGCGAAGCCAACCCACCAGCAGCAGCAGCAGCACUCAAAAUCAUCACAACAAAAGCCCGCCGCCACCGUUUCGAACAGUGAUUCGGCAACCGUGGAGGAUCUGGCCAGUGCAUUAGCGUCCGGUGCACAGCUAAAGCAACAAGCACCCGCCACAGCAGGCAACUCCUCUUUGGAGGGUGCCGAUGGACAGCAGCUGGAGGUAGCGAAAAAGCUACGCAAGCUCCGGAAGAAGAUACGAGAAAUUGAAGCAAUCGAAACGAAGCUACGUUCCACCGAUGGACCCAAGCUGGACAAGGAUCAGCUCGAAAAGGUGAAACGGAAACCGGACAUACUGCAGGAGAUCGAAGAGCUUGAAGUGCAAUAUUCAGCCGGUGCCAUGUGAUGAUGAUGAGCGUUGAAUGAACUCCGCGGUGCGGAACACGCGGC